UCUCAGCCGUCUCUCUCAGCGUCUCUUCUUAUUAUCACGAGCUGGUUGCACGGAACGCAGAAUGUAAGUACACAUGUAUAUUCCUCCUUCUUAAAACCCGCCGAGAGAGAAUAACCCGCUAAGAACCGCAUGGCCAGCGGACCAGGCGAGUUUGGUUUUGGGAGAUUCCUUGCGUCUCCGGCCUAUUGGCGCAUCGGUGAAUCUCCGACUUUUGUCCACUGACUAGCUUUCUAUGUGGACUUUCUUAAAGGGAUUCGUUUCGUUCUCUACGUCGGGGAGGAUUGCCUGACGGAGCCAAAAGAACGACUGCAUGGGAGGCCAACCAUUGACAACCAUUUUCGUGGUCUAUCAUCAGUGGUCAAUCUUAAAACCCGUGCUCCUAACCUCAUAAAUUUUACACCGCUUGCCGAGUAAUGUGAAGCCACCUUCUAAGUAAGAUACCUUUUUCUCUUUUAAGUCGUAUUGACAGGUCCCUUUUAAGUGAACAUUCCCAUUUAGUAGAGUUUCAAUGCACUGAAAAAGAUUUUUUCUUUUUCAAAAACCCCUCGGGUAUAGGCCGAGACCCCGUCUUAGGCUCAAAUUUCACUUAACUUAAGCUUUGAUUUGUGUAAAAAUUGCUCGGCUUAUAGCCGAAUAAAUACAGUAGAUCAGAGAGGACUUGAUAUAGCCGAGGAUUUAGACUGUCUGCGAUGCAGCUUAUAAAGUUCCUGAAUUUAAUGAAAUGUGUAAUAGUAUCGUCACAUCCCGAAUAUCUGCACUUUAUACUCCUCAAGAUCAUUGUUUGUUAUUGUUAUAUCGAUUACUACCGAUUUUUGUUAAUCGGUGAUGAUCGAUAAUUUAUUUUUUCCGUGACUUCGAUUUCUAUCGAUUUCCGAUAUCAAUCGAUAGCUGAUCGGCGGAUUAGAUCAAUUGAUUUCCGAUAACGAUUUCUAUCGAUUAACUACGCCUGGAAUACUAGCAAAGAUUUUAAUGCAGUUCACAAAGUCGUACUCUGGAAAUCACACAGAAUCUUUUGAUCUUUUACACGUUUUGGACGAAACGAUUACGCCUCAGCGCGCAGCGAUUUCGGAACCCGUUCUGCUUGUCCAAUUAACCUUAAAAGGGACAGUAUGAACUCAGAAGACUUAGAAGAAUUAAUUCACUCCCCACAAAUCAAAGUUUUGUUAGAAAUCAACCCAACAAGCCCUGGCCUUGUUAACUGAAUGCUUAGCUUUUGGUUAAAUGCGUGAAACGAUAAUUUCAGUAACCUCAUGGUCCGAAACGCACGAAGCUUAAGUUUCAAGUACAGGAAGUUUUUACUUUGCACUAAUGACCCACUAAAGAGUUAACUCAUCAGCAUGGCCCACACUAAUUUGAUAGCGAACAAAUUGCCAUGCCAACCUAAGCUGGGUAUUUUUAAGUUACUAACGUUUUGAAAUUUCACGGUUACGAUCGAAAGUUCUGAUAGUGAAAAUGCAAGAAGAGGUUUCUGCUGACAUCUAGUGACGGAAAACUUCCACCAGGAACACCAGGUUAACUUGAGUUGACCAAUUGAUGGUGUGAUAGUGAUUAGUUGAAGUAAUAAAAAGGAUAAAAGAUAUUUUCCGUCUGAUACAAGAUUGUUGCUUGUUUUUAAAUAGACUUUUGCUGGGCACGUUUUUCACGGAACAACAUGAUCACGGUUCUCGGUAAUUUCCCGCUGACUUUCAGAGCUUUUUUUUUUACCGAGAAAGCGGACUUGAAAUACUGAAACUGAAAAGUUAACCGAAACUGUUCAGAGCUAAGACCCUAUUAGGAUAUUUUCAGCGAUGAAAUCAAGUUUACGGCGAGAUUUGGAGAGCACAAGAGUAGAACUUGGAAAUUUCUUAAUAUCGAGCUGGGAACCCCAGGCAAAAAAACAUGAGUAUAAAUACUGAUGGGGUCGACUAGCUCUGGGUUGUACCUUAUGGCUGAAAGUUUGUAUUUAUAUUUUAUUCUUAACCUCGUAUUUCUAAUAAUCGAGCCUUAAGAGGCCUUUAAUGAAAUUUAACCCCUGAUCGUAACUAAAGCCUUCAGCAGAACAGCCUACUUUGGGCAUGAUACGGGGUAAAGGGGGGCGGGGGGGUGCAUCGCAAGAAGGUUAUCAGCCCUAUGAUCACAUAUAGAAAGCAGCUCGUGGUUCAAAUUUAUGUCAUUCUUCAAAGUAAAAUGUUUUCAAAACUAAAAGUUUGAUAAACAUUGGAAACUGAGAUAAAAAUUGGGAAAAAGCCAGACCGUCAGAUUAUAUUCCGACCGGAUGCAGUAGCCAAUUCUGCCGGAACAUAAGAAAACAUGAGAUUUUCCCGCGCUCAAAACCACCAAGCACGCACGGGUUUCGUUUAAGCGUGACUAAGGAAGUAUCAUUCACAGCACAACAUUCACAACGAACGAAGAAUCGAGAGACGUAGAGAGGAGACAAAAUGGAGGUUUCACGGCGAAUAGAGUUCUCUUCGCCCGGAUUCAGAAGAAACUGCCGGCUGUCUCAGUGCUGUCUAUUUGUAGGAAUUUAUUCCACCUCUCAAAACGUGUACCAAUUGUAAUGUAUAAUAAAAUCUUCAUAUAGAACUGAGGUAGGACAUCAAGAACGUCCCUGGUCACAAAUAUGUAUAGAUCGAACUUUGAUUUAACCAAUCAGAACACGCUAAGAGCCUUAAGCGACACGGGAACAUGACGAGGUCGGUUGACCACGACUGAUGCAUGUACUCUCGGUAGCAAUUCAAAACUGAAAUCCGCAUUGCCUAGCCGCACGUGCCUUGUCCAAUAUCAGUUGCGAGCAAUUUGUUUGUGGUAGUUGUUGUUGUUUUGGCUUGCUUUUAUCUUUGUUUUUAUCUGUUUCAGUUCAUACUAUACUCUGCAAGACGUACAAAGCGUAUCAAGUUUACUUCCUAGUACAGUGUUCACUCGCCAACAAUUUGAGCGGUGUCACGUCGAUUGCACUCCACGCAUUCCAUGGCUUCGUUUUCAUUCAUACCCCUACAGGCAUAUCCGCGUUCCCCACUACAGUUUUUUUUGUUGCUUUUUGAGGGGAGCGGGGUCGUCUGUACACCGGUUAGUUCCCACUGAUGACCGACGUCUUUGCAAAUUGAAAUCGGGAGCUUUGUUCACUGUAAUUAAUAUUUUACCUUCUAUCGUGAGAGUAAUUAUUGAGCAAACAAGUAAACAGACCCCUUUGUUGACAUUAUUACUUUAAAAUGAAUGCCUUCGUGAUUUUUUUCAGCAACAGCUUUUCCGGAAAGAUAACGAGUCAAGGGCAUUUCAGAAAUCCAAAGAUUCGAAAAAAUCCGGUUAAAUAACCACCUCGGGAACUCCAAGAAAAUCUAGGAAAAACUGAUAGGAUAUAUACGAGAUCAAACUUCCAGGUACAAAUCAGUCAGCUAGAGGUUAAACGGAAGAGAGAGGUGUAAGAUUGGCUUUAUGUAGCGAAGGUAAUAUUGAAAUAGAUGAGAUCCGUAAGGGCGCAAAUUGAAAGCUAUCAUUCUCUGAUUCUGUGAUUUUAGUGCUCACGGUUUCCUAGCCUGCGAAGAAGGCGCUUGCANGGUUCUAGGAACUAAACGAAGCUUUUUACAGGGACUGUCCAAGUCCAACCCCUCUACCCUUUUAUUUAACAUUUUUGACAGAAAGGGUACUCCUUUCUUAGUACCCUCCAUUGACCAAUGGUACCCAUUAAUUUCACAUACCUCGUUUAGAACGCUGAAGCCCUUUUAACUGCUGUAAAUACACUGUCUUAAUGAAAGGUACGAAUAGCUCACUUAACCAGGAAGCUCUCUUGUAUUUUUUUACAGACAGCCAUAAAAUGCAUCUGUUAGCCCUUCGUAGGUCUCUUCACAAACCCAAACGACAGAUUUCCCUACCCUUUCAUAUACUUCAACUCGUUAAAUCCCUACCUGAAAAAGGUACCCGUUUCAGGCGGAGCCUCCUUGUAUGGGACAUUAUAGGGUGUACCAGCUACUACCCCCCGGGAGCAAGUCAUGUUCUCCCAAUUUUUAAAUUGGACACCAUGAAAACAACACUAGAUGUGGGACUUUUUGAUAGGAUAGGCUUAUCAUUUACCUUUCACACUGCCGCUCGAACAACGAAGUAUUUGAUAACCCGUGUAACGCAAGCACACAACUGUGAAACGGGGAAGUGUCAAUACUAAAAAGACUAGCCCCUGUUGUUGUUGUUCCUAUUUGUUUAGUUCUGACAGACUUUUAAGAAAUUCAGGAAAAAGUUCUUAUUAAUUUGGGUGUGAAUCCGCGAAAAAGCGAGUUUUUUUCGACAGUCUUUUAUUAAACAUCAAGUUUUUGAGGCCUUGAACUCUGGAGCAGAACAGAAUCCAUCAACUGCAUCGACAUAUAAAACGUUGCCAGUCAUAAGAAUUAUUAUUUUGACAGAAUAAUCAUUUGUAUUUUCCCUUUUUGCACUUCUCCGGGAAACUCUUGGCGAUUAAUUAGUUUAGAGCGUCCGGGGUCAGAGACAUGUAUUUAAGGAAUAGUGACUAUUUAUAUAAAGCAGGCUUCCACGAUUUGAAGGAAAAGUUUUGGGAAUUUUUAUUCCAUUUUCUGAAGAUCUAAGUUUCAAUUGCUUCCCUUUUCCUGUUCAUUGCUAUCAAUAAUUAAGGAUACUGUUCGAUGAAAAUAUAUUAAUUGUCUAUUUUUUAGAACUACUGGAUUCUACGAACUGACCGAUUAUCUUUAAACCGGAACAACUGGAACAAAAUUGUGGGUCAGAGAAAAUUAUAUUUCUGCGGUAUUAAAUAUUCCGAAGAAAUUCGUGCUGUUUUCAGCGUGUCACAAGUGUCUGUGACACUAUUUAAAUAAAUUUAAUAUUCGAAGCACGCAUCGGUUGAUUUGAAGUUUAAUUUGGUCGAUUGGCUUCAAUACUUCGAACGAGGAACCAAUUUAAAUGCGUGACGUGACUGCUUCCUGCACCAACAAUAGCACAAUCCACUUCCGCCCACACACGAAUAUAUCUUAUCGCUAAUGACAGCAAACAGGAAGUUUUAAAGGUGGUCAAAUAAAACGAACGCAGUUCACGACAUCAUUUUAACUGUACGUGUUCGAUCGAUACUACUGAGCUACCCGCGCUUGGAUCUGCGAAAAGACUGAUACAAUUUCGAGGUAAGAAUUUAGUAUACAUUUCUUUACUUUUACCACUGGCGAUCGUCGAUGCCAGAGCGAGAAAUUUCAUUUAUCAAAUUUACAGUAUGGAAAUGAAAAAAAGGAAGAUCGUUCGUCUUCAGGGCUUGAUUUCUUAAAAAAACUCCUCAGUUACACGGCAAAGCUGUAGAGAUUUUUAAUUAAUUACGAGUUGUAGUCAAGAUUCAGUUUUUUUUAAGUCGACUCUGCAUAAUCUUUGUAGAUCUUCGAUGAUCGCGGUAGUUGGAAUGGCAAAUACACCGCCGGAUAAGCUAGAAAACAUAGGCUACAUGAGGAGUGACAAAGCAAAACUGGCAUUUAAACUCCGUAGAACCUUGAAUCAAACAUUUUUAGGCUUUUUCUCACAGUUAAGAACUGGUUUAAGGUUGUGUUGUACUACCGCUAAACGAAGAAAUUGUGGGCGAGUGGCGAACCGGAAAAUGUAAGAACAGACAGAGGGCAUUUUUUCUGCUUAUCAAUGGUCGAAGCAGGUUUGAAUCGCAGUUUUUCUUCACAAACCUCAAAGACCAUAACAGCUAGUACUUUAAUAAUGAUCCUUAAGUUUUUAUUAAAACCUUUUAUGUGGUAGAAACUAUGGAGAACUGACUGUUUACAACCUCAGAACAACACCGGAAGUUUUAACGUUCUUAACUACACUGCGGGGGAAGACUGCGGGGGAUCACGAACAUCAGCCUGCUUGCCUUACAAAAACUUAUUCGCUAAUUUCUGCGAAAGGUAUUUAGUCAGAACAGUGGAUGUAAAAGAACGAUCCUAGUGGUUCAAAUGUAAACAACUUAUUUCAAAACGACAAUUAGAAGAACGGUUGUUAAUUAAAACUUCUUUUAUUUCAUUUCCAUUUUGAAGCUCUCCACUCGGUAUGAAUUUUUGUUAUUAUUAUUUUUUGAAUUUUUGCACUGAAUUUGCACUAUGGCAUAUGAUGAAAAAAUUUUCUCAAAGAAUAAUCCUGGCGUCCUUUUGCCAAAGAACAACGCACAUACAAUCUGCCCGCAUAUUUUAAAAGAUAUAGUAGGUCGCUUAGGUCAUCAGACUUCCUUCCGCCUUGGGCCUCGAGUGUUUGAAUAGCGAUGAAACAAUGGACCACGCGCAACGUAAAUAUUGCCUUCUUUCGGUUUUGUUUUGAUGUAAAAUAAAAUAUUUGUGGUAAAAGAAAAGCUGUGGUCUGAAAGAAAUGAAACUUCUGCUUAUUCCACUUUUUGACGGAAUAUUUCUUUUUAAAAUGAAAAUAAAAAGAAGGAAAAGAACGCUGAAGUAGUAGACAAUUGCAACCAGAAAUGAAAGGGUACUAGCUUACAAACAGAGCCUGUUCACAGGCUAAAAGUGUUACGUGUAAAAACGGGAUGAGGUUUAUCCUCUGUGGGUGGCCAUGUUAAAAUCGAGGGACAGUUUUGUCGGAUCGGAAAUCUCCGAUUACUAUCCGAACUAAGAAAACUCGGUUUCCAAAACACUCCACUCGGGAAUACCGGAAAAAUGAUUUUCUUGGGUUAGAUAUGUAACAGUUUUUUCUAGUCACAUGCGUGUCACAUUCACCAUACAGGUUUAAUUGGGCAUAGGAUUACUGUAAGACUAAACAAAACUGAAGAAAAUAACAAUCAUUCAUCAUUCUUCCUCCUUUGUUUCAGAAAAGAAGCCAAAUACACAGCUUAGCUAAAUUCUGAUUAACAAGGAUCAUGUCUUUUGGUAAGUUUUGUGAUAAUAUAAAAUUGGAUUUAUCGUGACAACUAACAUGCUCUCUAAAAUCUGGUUUAAAUGUCCCAAUGUAAAUAAGAAAAUAAUCGUUCAUAAAGUUUUAUUUAUUUAUUUAUUUAUUUAUUUUAUUUUUAUUUUCUUUCUAAAAAUAUGAACGGACUCUGUUUUUCAAGGCAGUCUGCCAAUAUCUAUACUUCGUCUUGUAUAAACUAGCAUCACAAAACAAAACAAGUCUCGGCAGGAUCGACGUAAAUGAUAUUUUACUCACAUUUCUACCAGUACAUGCAGUGGCCUGUUUGAAUUUAUUUAUUUAUUGAAAAAAAAAAGAUUAGAAAUCCUCAUAAAAAGAAAUUAAAAUGAAAACAAAAACUUACCUUGAAAAAAUGAUCAACAUUGAUAGUGUUUUAAUAGCAAACUGAGAUCUUUCAUUUUCCUAGAAAGUGAAAAAGUAAAACGAAAACUUGUGAACGCUAUGUAAAUAGAAAUAGGCUGAAAAUAUGUCAUUUUUAAAUUUUAUUACAAACACAUGAACUCUAAAAUAUGAUCUAAGAAAGUACGGUUUAUUGAAGUAUUAUAAGAUUUAUUUAGAGCAUUCAGACGAGUACAAAAUUUCCUUUCACCAGAAACUCUACGCAAGCCUAACAAAACUGCUGUUCACCUUUGGGAGUUUCUGCUCGAUCUCCUAUUGGACGAGAAAUGUGGUCACAUGAUCUGCUGGAUCAACCGAGAGGCGGGAGAAUUCAAACUGAAAAAUCAAGAGGAAGUCGCGAGAAGAUGGGGCUGCAUAAAGCACAGGCCGGGCAUGAAUUAUGACAAACUGAGCCGGGCAUUAAGAUAUUACUAUCAGAAGGGAAUAAUUAAGAAGGUAUGCAAAGUAUGACGUUUCUUUCGCUGCUUAGUUUAGUAGGUGAAAGGUAUAAAAUGCAAGAGCACAGGUUGCCCAAGCACAGACUGCGAAAAGGAAUUCUGACAAUUUUGUGUAUUAAAAAUGCGAGAUUUUUCUGCAUGCAAUUUAUAAGCUUAAACUAUCAUGUCACUCACUAACUAUAAACCGUUUUUGUCUGGUCCUGUCUUUAAAAAAUAUAUAUAUGAAGAGAAAAUCUGCAUGGAGUUUUAAAGUUUUUAGGUUUAGAAAUUAUUAAGCACUAAUAGUUAGAACAAGUGGAUGAAUUUUUUUUAAGUAAAGACCUUAUGUUUUUUUUUCUUACAUGUAGGUUAAUGGUCAAAGGCUCGCUUACAAAUUUGUGAAACCGCCUUUUGGAAAAUCGAAGGAGCCUGCUCCACAAAACGUUCCCGCGCAGACAAACAUCAAUGCGCCCUCGACUACACAAGAAGCAAAGAAAGAAGGAGAAGUAAAGAUACAGGAAGUCGAAAACAAGGAAGGAGCAGCCAUUCCCGUGGUGCCAUGCGUGCGGACAGCCGCCGUCACGUUGCCACAGACAAGCGUUACCACGGCUUCGAUGGGUUUUAGGAUCAUUCAAGCCCCAUUGGUCAGUCCUAAUCACAUGACCUGUCCCAUUUCAAUUUAUCCGUAUGUUGUUCCUUGCGUCAUCCCAGCAUGCCGUCCUAUUGAGAUCAUCAAGUCAUAAAACAAAGAACGUUGCUGAUUGGACAAUAAAUGAUGAUGUCAUUUUAUUUUUAACGUGUUUCGUGUUUCAAGAAAUAGAAAUAAUCACUUCAGCGUAGUAAAUAGGCAACUUUGAAAAAAUGGCUUCAUUUUAAAGAAAUCCGCCAAGAAGUUGAACAUAUUAGAAAGAAUGAUUCAACAUCGCAUAAAUUAUUCACGUACCAUCGAAAAUUGAUGAAUACAUUCAUAUCUUUUUUAUCGAUCAAAACUUUUUAUUAAUGGCGUUCAAUAGUACAUAUAUUCACAAAUAGAUAGCCUUUUAUCGUUUUAUCCAUCCAAAAAUUUCUUCUAACCCAAGUGUGAACACAUCAUCUGAGUUUUGUUUUGUUUAUUUUCACAGAACAAGCCGCCAGCACUUAUUUGAAAACGAGUGUUUAUUGAGAUAAAAAUUAUGUUCUGUAAGACUUAGGAAAUAAAUGAUAGGCUUAAUAACAAUUAGACAGAAGCAAUGACAGAACUUUUAAUCCUGUGUGUGGCCAAAAACAUUGUUCAAACGUAACCAAACGUACUUUGCAAAAGAACUGAAAAUGAGGUCUCACUUUGUUCAGCAGUAAUAAAUAGGCAAAAGAUUCGGAAUAAUUAUACUUUGCUGGGAAACUGCGCACCUACCCCUCCCGUAAGCCAACAUUUUGCCCUAAGUGAGAAGUAAGAAUUAAUGUUGGUUUAGGGGAGGGAUAGGUGGGCCCAAGAUUCGCCACUGUUAAAAACGAGAUGGAAACUGGACUUAGUAAACGUUUGCAAAGACCUCUGGGGCUGUUACUAUAGGAACAGUGAAAAAAGGCGCGUCCCCAGUAACCAUCCCAGAAACACCUGCGAGACGCAUUUGGGAUCCAUUUUCUUUCUCAUUUCUAAAGUGGCAAAUGGUCACACCAGUCUAAGAUUUCAUCCUCAGACUCAAAAGUAAGUGGCAAUCUAGAACUCUGAAUUUGAUAGAGCUAAACUAUUUGACUAAUGAGACAGGUCCGAAGCCAAUGAAUAUUAAUUUAAGUUUAGAUAAAAUGAGAUAAUAUUUUGUACAUAAAAUUGUCAAUGUUUAGGUGCC